AUGGCGUCGUUGCAGGCCGACCAGAACGGCGACUCCGGCCCCGUUAACGGCGCUGGAGGAGGUGGAGACUCACAAAGGACGCUUCCGACGCCGUUUUUGACCAAAACGUAUCAGCUGGUGGACGAUCCGUCCUUCGACGAUUUGAUCUCGUGGAGCGAAGACGGAUCGGCCUUCAUAGUCUGGCGACCCGCCGAAUUCGCCAGAGAUUUGCUCCCCAAGUAUUUCAAGCAUAACAACUUCUCCAGCUUCGUCCGCCAGCUCAACACUUACGGAUUUCGGAAAGUUGUGCCGGAUCGGUGGGAGUUCGCGAAUGAUUGCUUCAAAAGAGGCGAGAAAGGCCUCCUACGGGAGAUUCAGCGCCGGAAAAUCUCGCCGUCGGUGUCGGCGUCCCCUGCGGCGAUUACCGCGACGUUGGCGACGGUGUCUGCGGUGGCUCCCGGGAUAUCUCCGUCGAACUCCGGCGACGAGCAAGUGAUCUCGUCGAACUCUUCACCGGUGGCGCCUCCGGCUACGAUGUUGAGCCGAAUCCGGAGCUGCACCACGACGUCGGACGUUCUGGAAGAGAACGAGCGGCUCAGGAAAGAGAACAUGCAGCUAAGUCACGAGCUGACUCAGCUGCGCGGCUUGUGUAACAAUAUAUUGGCAUUGAUGACGAACUACGCUUCUGGUCAGUUGGAGGGCGGCGGCGGUGGCGGUGGCGGUGGGAGUGUAAUGGAUGAGGGUAAGCCUCUGGAGCUGUCGCCGGUGAAGGAGGCUGAGCCGUCUGAAAACGGCGUCGUUCGCGAGGGGUCUAAGGCGGAGGCUUCGGCGGAGGAAGAGGAAGACGAGGAGGAGGAGAUGAGGCCGAGGCUGUUUGGGGUGUCGAUUGGGGUGAAGCGCGUGCGGAGAGACGAGGAGGAAGAGGAGCAGCAUCGGGAAGGGUCUGAGGCGAUGAAAUCAGAGCCGUCAGAUGGGAGUUCGAAGCGCGAUCAGGACUCCACGUGGCUGGAGCUCGGAAAGUGA